AUGGAAGCCGAUGGCCGUAAUGGCUACCUGGAACGUGUACCGACGAUGGAUUUAUUAGUGGAGCAUUUGCGCCAACAGUAUGAUGUGUUUAUCAAUACAACACACAUCCCGCUGAAUUAUAACAAAGCCCUUGAAGGGAACAAAUCGCUAGUGCCGGCGUAUUAUAAAGAAACCGGCAAUGAUGGACGCUGUGAUGGGCCGAAAUCCAAUAUCCAGAGCGUAUUUUGGCCGUUCUAUUACACCCAUCAGGAUAUGUUCGAGGCGCCGUGGGACGAGCAAGUGACGAUCGUCAUGACGUCAGGUGGUUACAGGGAGCUCAGAGCAUGCGAAGAAGCGGUAAUGGAACUAGCGUAUGCCACUACCGGCGUCAAUGUACCGAUGAUGGUCACCGCACCGGAUACGCGCCUGGCUGACGUCAAGCGUUUUCCCACGGUGCUGAACAUGUUCUCCAUGCCGGAUUUUCUCUUUGUCGCCACCCUGACCACCAUGGCUGAUAAGUACAGCUGGAUGGAGAUGACGGUGCUGUGUACGCCGGAGCGUUCCUUCCAGAACAAAAUGUGUCACGAGAUAUCCGGGCAUCUGGCACGGAUGAAAAGCGGACUGGAAUUGUUUACCACGUAUCUGGCGGUUGACAGCAGCAAUGCCACCAGUGCCGGGAUUUAUGAAGCGGGACUGAAACUGGUUAAAGAACGUCGUGUUACGUUGCUGUUACUGCCUCCUAACAUUAUCCGGCAUUUCCUGAUCGCAGCAUUGGAAAAUGGUCUCAUCAACGGUGACUAUGUGUUCAUUGCCUUUCAAAUUGUUGGAAUUCCUGCCAACGACGAUUUGUACCGACAAGAUGACCACACCGUGAAUGACACGUUGCUGAGAGCAACCUUUAAAUCCUUAUUGAUGGUGGCGGAUGGAUCGGCUGGCGCGGACAGCGGUAUCAGUUCGUUUUUCCACAAAUUAAUUGAGGAAUUCCGCAAGCGAUACAACUGGACGCUGGAUGUCGGCCACAUGAAUGUCGCCGACCCUCUCUGGCUGUAUGAGCAACUCCAAGUGUUUGCGCAGGUUUUCCUAGAAAUACAAGACGAGUUGCCGUACCUCCGCGGGAAAGACUUCAUCAGAAAAUUCCUGGAUCGAACUUACACAGUGGCUAGCAAAAUUAUGACCUUGAGUCAGGAGGGACAGAUGCUCAGUUUGGUUUCUAUUCGACGAUUCAACAACGAAUUAAACCGAUUCGAAACGCAACUGACCUAUGAUCCGCAAAGUGGCUACCUUAACGACACGCAGUUGUCGUGGUACACUCUAGGCAACAAGCUGCCUGCGGAUUUUCCCCUGUGUGGUCUGCACGGCGAAAACUGUUGGUACACUCGAUCACCGGAAAUUCCGAUUAUUCUGCCUGCAUUAACUGUUGCCAUCGUCAUAACGGCGGUGUUGAUUGCUCUGGUGAUGCGCCAGAAGGCGCACCAAAAACAAUUAGCCAAACUGUUCAUCCCCCGCGAUGACGUGACCUUUGAUGGCACAACAGAGCCUGGCUACACGAUGCAGAUCAGCGAAGACUCACCGCUGGGAAUUCUCACACAAAUUCGCACGCAUAAAGCGUUCUGCAAACUGCUAAUCAAUACACAGAAGCGUUAUCUAAUUCGAAACACAAAAUUCUGCCAAACGCUGGCGACAGUUUCAGAGCUGCAUAAUCGAUACAUUGCACAAUUUUACGGAAUUCUUGUCGAGAGCACAACGUGUUAUUUAGCAUACGAAGCGACAGAAAAGGCGACCCUGCGCCACGUCAUUCAACGAAGCAGUCAUUUUCUCGACGCUGAUUUGAAGACCUACUGGAUUACCAAUUUAAUUGAAGGAGUCGUUUUUGUACAUAAAUCCCCACUGAAAAGCCACGGGAUGUUGUCCAUCGACGUCUGCCUCAUCGAUUCGCGCUAUACUAUCAAGAUCUCCCUAACCGGAUACAAGCAGUUAUAUGAAACUCUGUGCAAAGAUUCUCCAACCGAUGCCUGUGAUACGCGUCAACUGGGAUUGAUAUUCGCUCAGCUCUUUGGAAGUGCUAACAUUUCGGGCGAGGUAAUACCACGUCCCAAUGCAACCAUUCCGCCACAUGUGCAGAACCUAAUCAAUGAGUGCCUUGCCGAAGAAACCGACGAGAAAUUGCGCAAGGGUGUUUUAUUCAAACGCCUGAAAUCACUGACGCAAUCGAAAAAUAACAUAGUAGAAUUGUUACUCCGCCGUCUGGAUGAGUACGCGCAGUCGCUGGAAGGCUCGGUGAUGGACCGCACCGAGAUGCUCAUCAAAGAAACACAGAAAGUCGACAUCUUACUGCGGGAAAUGUUUCCCAGCGCGAUUGUAUCGCGGCUGCGUAACCGGGACCUGGUCUUACCGGAACUGUUCGACUCUGCUACAGUUCUCUUCAGUGAUAUCCCGGCGUUUGCUGGUCUGGUGACGGUGCUGCAUCCUAUGCGCAUCGUGGAACUGCUCAACACGAUGCAUAGUCGGUACGAUGAGAUUGUCGGACGGUUCGAUGUGUAUAAAGUGGAAACUAUCAGCGAUUCCUACGUGGUUGUCAGCGGCGUUCCGCAGCGAAACGGCAUCGCUCACGCCACGGAGCAGUGCGCGUUCGCGUUGAAUCUCGUAUUAGUUGGUCAGAGUGUCAAGGAGCUGUUGCACGAUAUGGACUUCUUGGCUGUGCGCAUCGGCAUCAACUCCGGUCCAGUUGUGGCAGCGAUAGUUGGUUUGCGGAUGCCACGCUACUGCUUGUUCGGAGAUGCGAUGAAUACUGCAAGUCGCAUGGAAUCACAUGGAGCUGCAAAUAUGGUGCACGUCACUACAACGACCAAACGCCUGGUGGAAUCAGUGGAUUCGCAGCGCUUUCUGUUCGAACCUCGUGGCUCAGUACUGAUAAAGGGAAAAGGGCUAUUGGAAACGUUUUGGCUGAUUCAUGAUUCCGGCGCCCUGACAAGAACAAAUUGACGGUUGUCAUCUCUAAUCUAAUCUGUA